CAAGAGACUGGCUGGGAACAACAUGAAACCCACACGCGAAACUCACCAGCUGCUCCAGCAGCUCAGUGACGCUGGCGGAGAAGUCGUGACUGGCAACUAUUAUCUCUAGAUUAUCAGGGAAUGUUGGCUGCUGUCAUCGUUGUUCCAGUUGCGACGACCUUCGUUGCAAAUCCUUGGAGCAGAAAUAGAGCCAGGUGUCCGGCUUUAGUUUCAGCUCCAUGGCUGGCUGGGGCAGCAGCCAGCCGGACAGCUACACAGGUUUUGGGUUCGCAAUACAUCGCACAACAGGCUAGACAGCAGGAAGAGGAGGACGAAGAGGAAUACGGUGCACAGGAAGAAGACUAUGAGGAUGUCGAGGACGAAGAAGAUGCGGCCGAUGAGCUGGGGAAGAUUUACGAAAAGGAUGAAGCCCGACUGGCUGGUGUAGAUUUUAGCGCUGCCCAGCAGCUGUUGGAGGCUAUUUGCGAGCUCAAAGACGAGCAAUACAUUCGCGUCCAGAGAAUUGUGAGAGGAUGGCUCAGGUCCAGAGACGUGGAAGUGGGGAAGCACGAGUUUGUAUACGUGAUGAGGCGACUGAGAAAGCGCAAGAGAGUCAAGCAUGCACUAGAGAUUGCGGACUGGAUGGCUCUCUCGAGACCAAGACCCUUCACUCUAACUACGAAGGACAAUAUUUUUCGAAUGGACCUGGCGUCUCGCUGCGGAUCUGUUGGCAAGGCCGAGAGGAUCUUUGAGCGUCUUGCACCAGAGCACAGGUCCGAAGUUGCUUACAACGCUCUUCUUCUCAGCUACACCAAGAAAAAAAAACGGGGACGGGCCGAGAGACUUUUCAAAGAACUCAAAGCCACUGGUACCAUCUCGUCAUGCUACAGCCUGAACCUCCUGGCUUCGAUGUAUCGCCAGCUCGGCCUAGACGCGGAAGUUCUUAUGCUGGCAAAGGAAGCACAGAAGCUGGGAGUUGAGCUCGAUAUGUGCUUCUACAACCUCCUCCUUCCAGCAAAGUUUAGAGUCCAGGGCCUGGAAGAAGUUGAGAAGCUCUACGCUACAAUCACUUCUCCCAGGGACAGGACACGGUUCUUCACUUGCCUGGCCAUGGCAAACAUCUACGUCUCGGCUGGGAGGAACGACAAAGUGCUAGAGAUGCUGGAGCUGAUCGACCAAGGAAUGGAAGCAGGGACGAUAGUAAAGCAGCGCAGGAGAUACAACGUCCUCAUUUCCAUGUACGCUUCUCUCGAAGACGGUGCUCGGGUGGAGAGGACGUGGGAGAGGCUUAAGCAGCAGCGACAGCCAAACACCGAGGACUACUGCUGCAUCAUCCGAGCCUGGGGCAAGCUUGGACACGUCGUCAGGGCCGAGACGAUCUUCCAGGUAGCCGAAGCCAACGAGAAGAGCCUCAAGUACUCGACGGUGUUUAACGCCAUGAUGUUCGUCUACUCGGUCGCGGGGAUGCGCGAAGAGGCCGAGGGGCUGGUCCAGAGGAUGGAGUACGAGCUGGGUGUGAAGCUGGAUCCGUGGUGCUACCACCAUCUAGUGCUGCUCUACGCCAAGGCCGGAGACAUCGGAAAGAUGCUAUCGACUUUGAGAGCUGCUCAAGCCGGUGGGAAGAAAGAGCGGCGAUUCACGCCGCUGGCGGCUACUCUGUGGGCUGCUCUCAACACUCUGGCGGAUGCCGGGGACGUGGAUACCGCCGAGGAGACGCUGACGAGGUGGAAGAGGUCGGGCUACCGGGUUACCACGGGGUUGUAUAACAGGCUACUCAGGGCACACUUGGUUGCGGCCAGGCCAACGGAGAGAUUCGUGGAGAGGAUGCUUGUGGAUGGAGUCGUGCCCAAUGGUGAGACGGAGAAGCUGUUCAACGAGCUCAAGGUGAAACUAUCGUAAGCAUCGUAUCAAAUUUACAUGGUGAAGGAGUGAUGGAACAGAAUGUUAGCGAAGAACUUUGGUGGUGGAGAUCCAAGUGUUGCGAAGAACGCAAAAAAUGGAAAUACAAUUUAGAGAAUGAGAGAACAAGGAGGCCUUGUUCUUCAUCUCUAUAUGGAAGAACACCUUAAA